AUGGAGGUGGAGCACCGGCUGGACAAAGCCUUUCAAGUACUCUGGGAGAAGCUUGAGGCCCUCCUGUUCCCAUCACCUCCGGAGAAAGAGCCUGAAACACGACCGCGCACUCACCCAAGCAGGUUGAAACGGAAGCCUGCACAGACAUCCCAGGCACCAAACCGCCGGGUAGAACGAAACCAGCUGAGACAACAGGCAAGCAAAAUGGAGGCACAAGCAUCCACUGAUGACUCCCAAAGCCGGGGGAACAAGCUUUUACAAAAGAGCAUGCAGCUCAAACGAAAGCAUGGGACUACUCACCAACCGAGAACUGUGAGACCGGGACAGUGCCGAUAUCAGCGACAACCCUAG